UUGCAGUUUGCACUAACACCCCCUCCCUAAAAAAAAUUGAAAUAUUUAAUUUGAAGGUAAACAAAUAAUAAAGGCACUAGCGGAAAUCAAUUUAGAAUUUAUUAAAUACAAAGAUAAUGGCUUUAAACAAUUUUCUAGACUUUUUCCAAAAAGGCAAGACUUUUCGACCGAAAAAGAAAUUCGCCCACGGAACUAUAAGGUACAGCUUGCACAAACAAGCCCAGGCUAGUUUAAAUUCAGGAAUUAACCUUAGGACUGCUGUUAAACUGCCUCCAGGAGAAGACCUUAACGAUUGGAUUGCAGUCCAUGUGGUAGACUUCUUCAAUCGCAUCAACCUCAUAUACGGAACAAUAUGCGAAUAUUGCACUGAACAAACGUGCCCCACAAUGUCAGGAGGGCCCCGUUUCGAAUACUUGUGGGCCGAUGGGGAUAAAUUCAAAAAGCCCACACCAUUGCCAGCCAGAGAAUAUAUCAGUUAUUUGAUGGAUUGGAUCGAAAUGCAAAUUAACAAUCAGGCAUUGUUUCCAUGCACAAGCGAUAUGCCUUUUCCAAAGAAUUUUUCUACACAUUGCAGUAAAAUAUUGGCUCGGUUGCAUAGGGUAUUUGUGCACGUCUACAUACACCAUUUCCAGAACAUUGUGUCUAUAUCCGCGGAGGCUCAUGUAAACACUUGCUACAAGCACUUCUACUAUUUUGUCACCGAAAACAACCUAGUGAAUAGAAGAGAGCUAGAACCGUUACAAGAGAUGGCUUCCAGAAUUUGCAAAGAUUCUCCCACAUAGAGAGUAAGGAUUAAUUUGUGUAAAUUAAAAAUAUGCAUUAAUUUUAGUUGGUUAAUUUGAAACAUCACUUUUGAGAUUAUCAUAAUUAAUAUUGCUCAUUAUUCAAAAUAACAAUAAUUUUAUUGAGGACUGAUUUUUAACUUAGAAUCUCCAAAAAUUUUACAAUUCAAAUUAUAGUUAGUCAAGAAAUUGAGGGACUAAUCUUAGGCUUCGGAGUUUUUGAGCUUUUUACACUUACUUAUAGCUUUAUUAAGCAACCAAUUUAUACAAAAAAAAAGGGAUUUUUUUAUAAUUUUGGGUUGUUGUGCAAGUAUUUAGGGGCAUUCUUUAUUCGAAUUUAUUUAUUUCUAAGUGAUAAAAUUAUUAUUUUAGGUUCUUUUAUUGUUUAUUGUGUAGUUUUAAUUAUUUGAUGGAAAUUUGGAUAAUUUAUUCAUUACCACCCAGGAUUGAUUGUUAAAUAUGUUGUAAUAUUUUUUUCGUUAUCAUAUUAAUGGCUUUAAGUAUUCUCAUUUCAGUACCAAAUAUUUUCUGCUUAAUUGUUGUAAUCUAGUUUAACAUAAUUAUUAAUUAAUAUUGAAAAAAUACUCCCGUCAAGUAUCAAUAAAGUACAAUUAAACGUUAAAAAUAUGUGAUUUUGAUAUUGGAAGAAGGAAGAAGCUUAUUAAAUUAUCCAAUAAGACAAGUGAAAGGAGAGACAAAAAAAAGCAAAACAGAUAUGUAAAAAGCAGACAGAAACUAUAAUAAUAGAAUCAUUAGCGCAAUUGUCUAGAAAUAAGAAGACCAAUUUUCAAAUGAUCAAUAGUUCUUCAUGGUUAAAUAGCAUUUUUGGAAUGAUUGAUUAUUAUACAGUCUUCAGUAUUUUAACUGGAAAAUCACAAAACAAAAUGUAUGAAAAUUAUUUAUUUAUAAAUAAAAAUAAUGUCUUCGUCAGUACCAUAACUCUUCCUGGCUUCCUCGAGAUUUGAAACAGACAUUGCACACACAUCUGCAAAUAAUAGAAAUGCUUAAUUCUAAAAUACACAAAAUCUCACAUUAAAUUCCUUACGAUCUCCGAAAGAUGGAUUCCUAUAAAACACUUUUUGUCUUUCAAUGUCAUAUCCGCAAAGUACCACAUAAUGUCCUUGAUAGGUGAUGGGCCAUGGUAAACACUUGCGCAGUUCAUUCGAUAUCUUAUUGGAUUUGCAAAUAUCACAGUAAAGAAGUCUUGCGUUAGUUAAAAUUAUUAUUGGUCCGUUAACUAAUUGUUCGAUGAUAUGUAUUAUGGAUAUUGAGGCUUUUUUGACCGGUAUAUUGUGGUUUGAGGCUUCUUGGAAUUUGAGAUUAACUCGAGUUUCA